AUUUCAGUUUAGGCUUCAUCUGAAAUUACAUUUUAAGAAGCACUGACCACUAACUAGGAACAUUUGUGAAAAGCACUGCAGUAUAAGAAAGAGGCACCAAGCAGACAUUCCUAGAGAAACAUGGAUGGAGUUGGAAAUCUGACAGUUUCUUCUGCCAGUAAUAACACGUGCAAUGACACCAUUGAUGACUUCCGCAAUCAAGUGUAUUCCACCCUAUACUCUAUGAUCUCCGUUGUGGGCUUCUUUGGCAAUAGCUUUGUGCUCUAUGUCCUCAUAAAAACAUAUCAUGAGAAGUCAGCUUUCCAAGUAUACAUGAUUAACUUAGCAGUAGCAGAUCUACUGUGCGUGUGUACACUGCCUCUCCGUGUAGUCUAUUACGUUCACAAAGGUAUUUGGCUCUUUGGUGACUUUUUGUGCCGCCUCAGCACCUAUGCCUUGUAUGUCAACCUCUACUGUAGUAUCUUCUUUAUGACAGCCAUGAGUUUUUUCCGGUGCAUUGCAAUUGUUUUCCCAGUACAGAACAUUAAUUUGGUUACACAAAAGAAAGCCAGAUUUGUGUGUGCUGGCAUCUGGAUUUUUGUGAUUUUGACCAGUUCUCCAUUUUUAAUGUCCACAUCUUACAAAGAUGAGAAAAACAAUACCAAGUGCUUUGAGCCUCCACAGGACAAUCAGUCUAAACAUCAUGUUUUGGUAUUGCAUUAUGUGUCACUGUUUGUUGGAUUUAUUAUUCCUUUCAUUAUUAUUAUUGUCUGUUACACAUUGAUCAUUUUAACCUUACUGAAAAAUUCAAUGAAGAAAAAUCUAUCAAGCCGUAAAAAAGCUAUAGGAAUGAUCAUAGUCGUGACAGCUGCCUUUUUGAUCAGCUUCAUGCCAUAUCAUAUUCAACGCACCAUCCACCUUCAUUUUUUACACAAUGAAACUAAACGCUGUGAUUCUGUUCUUAGAAUGCAAAAGUCAGUGGUCAUAACCUUGUCUCUGGCUGCAUCAAAUUGCUGCUUUGACCCUCUCCUGUAUUUCUUUUCAGGGGGGAACUUUAGGAGAAGGCUGUCUACAUUUAGAAAGCAUUCUUUGUCCAGUGUGACUUAUGUACCCAAGAAAAAGGCCUCUUUGCCAGAGAAAGAAGAAGAAAUAUGUAAAGAAUAAUUUAAACCUAUUUCUAAUGCAAAUCAAUGAAAAGAGUUUCCCAAAUAAAUAUUAUCUCAAAUCAUUUACACUAAAUAUAAGAAUUUCCAUUAAUAAUUUACAAAUACUGAACUGAAUGUGUGCCUAUAAAUAUGUCUCAUUUAUGAAUACACACUGUUAGAGACCAUAAAUAUAUUCUUUUAAGUGUUAAAAAUUCAGUCCAGAACUAUGAACUAAAUUAUAAGUGGAUUUUUGAUCAUUCACAAAAAGGUGAAGAAUAUUUUUGUCUUGGCAUUGUAAAAAAAUUGAUCUGAAAUCAACAUUUUACCCCUCAAAUAAAAACUUUACAAAGGAUAUAGCCUUUUAAGAUACAAAAUUAACAAUUUGUCCCCAAUCAUCCUAACAUAUCCGUUUGAAUGCAUGUCAUCAGAUAAGACCUAGAAUAACCAAGGAGCUACAUAAAAUGUCCCAUAAGCUUCUUCCUUUGUAAUAUUGACUGACUAGGCAGAGUAGGGCCAUUUUUUUCAAAAUAGAAUAUGCAAGUGCUAGAACAGCCUAAUAUCCAAGCAAAAUGGCCCUAAAGGCCCCAUGCAAUGUGCAAUCUGGAAACUGAAGAAUAUAAGAACAAUAUAAACUGGUCAAAAAUCCGUUUGUGUCCAAUUUUUUUCUGCUCCUAACCUCAGGCCCUCAAAAGAGAAUGGUGGAGUUUUUGUGGUUUAUUGACGUUAUUAUAGGUAAUUCUUUCCCUAUAUGACAUACAACUAUUCCUUAAGAAACUAGACAGCUUGCACUCCCAUAGAUGAACAAAAGUAAUUUAAAACUUAUCUAAAGAGGAGAGAAGGGGUUCUACUUUUCUACAUGCUUAUUACUGGGAUCAAAACUAGCUACAAUAGAAAUAAAAAUUUGAAUGUUAUUACAAAUUGCUUUAAGAAGUACUUAUAUUUAUGUAACUAUGUCAGAGAUUUUGCUCUAUGACAUACAUUUUUGAGAAGUUAAUUAUGUUUUAUUAUUAUUUUAUGCUUUUUACUUCUUAUUGGCAUGUUGACAGGAAUAUCAAAGAUAUGUUUACAGUGGGUUUUAUAUUACAGUGAAAGCUUUGUUCUUAAAACACAACAACUUGAUUAUGGCUGAAAUAUAAUAUUCAUGGGCAAGGUUUUGCUGAAGUGUGGUCUGUUCCUUUAUUCUGUGUUUCAAAAGGCACAUUACCUCAGAGGACAUAAAUGGUAAUGGUGAAGAAAAAAGAAAGUUAUGAAAGGAGAAGUUCAAUCUGAAUCUAUCAUGUGUAUGUUAUUUACAUUUCAAUUCUUUUUUUUCUUUUUUAAAAUAAUUUAUUGUCAAAUUGGUUUCCAUUUCACUUCUAAUGUUGCAAACCUUUAGGAAACCACUCAAAACAGAAGGAAAGAGGACUUCUAUGGUAUAGUAAUAACUAGUGUCCAUUUAUUUUUAUUUUUGACAUUCCUAAGUUUUAGCAGUAUCUACAAAUUUAUCUUAUACCAGCCUUGGUUGAGACAAGGAUCAAACAUACUAUUUAUCAAAAAAGUCAGUCCCCAUUUCUCAAGUACUAAGAUUUCUGUUAUUCAGUAAGUAUAUUAUGGUAGAAGAGCACUAAAUUGGAAGCUAGAACACCUGGUUGUUAAUUGUGUCUCUAUUACUUACAAAGUGCUGUAACUUUAAGCAAGUGACAUGAGUCACUCAGCUUCCUCAUUUGUAAAAAAGAAUAAUAAUACUUCUUCCUUAUUACAGGGCAUUUUUGAAACUCAAAUGUGAUCAUAACAUAUAUACAUAUGUUAAUAUACAGAUAUUAAAGUUUUACUUUUAAAUAAUUACAAAGUAUAUAGAUGGUUUUGUUAAGUAUAAUGAUUCAUAUUUAUUAUAUGGAUUCUAAAUUUUGAAAGAAUUAGAACAAAAUAUAGGCAUAAGAAAAUUCUAAUGCACAUAAAAGAAACCUCUGUCUUACUUAUUCUUACCUUUAAAUGUUUUCCUAUGUUUUCACUUCCAGUAGCAGUCCCACUUUCUCCCACACAGAAACAUACCAUAAUUCAAUCACCUACAAUAUAACCAUGAAUUUGUUAUUCUUUAAUGUCAUUUUUUUGUAUCUUACGUGAAACUCUUUAGUACUUAAUUAUUUUCCUUUUUUUCAUGUGUGCAUUUUCUCCCAAAGUGGAAUCAUCAUUAUAUGGGAUUAUAAACUCCUUGAGAUUGAAAAAUAUGCCUUUUAACCAUGGUACCUAACAAUUAAUGAGCUUUUGUUCUUUUUUAAGUGCUUUAUCUACAUUAACUCAUUUAAUGCUUACAAUUGUCUUGUGAUAUAUAUACCGUUCUUAUCCCUGUUUUGCUGACUUAAAAAUUGAGGCACAAAGAAAUUAAGUAACUUGCCCAUUGUCAGGCAGCUAGUAAGGAUCAGAACCAAGAUUCAAAUCAAGGCAGUCAGACUCCAGAGCUCAAUUUCUUAAUUUUCUAUGCUACCCUACUGAGCCAUGUUCUACCUUCAAAAUAAGAACUAGAAGCAAGGGUUUUUUUUUCAAUGACUUAAUUGUUUAUUUUACAAAAUACAUUUAAAUAACCUACAGUUUUCAUUUGUUUAACUACAUGAACACAUGAACCAUUAACUUAAAGCCUAUGAUUUUAUUUGGAAGAACAUAUUUAAAGUAUUGUAUACUAUCCUAGAAUAUUGACAUUAGAAGGACUCUAAUGUUUAUAAUUUCUAAUGUCUAUAUAAUAUCCUGUGGCAUUACUAUAACACAGUCUUCACAUACAUUCCUUUGGUCUCCAACAGUCCUUUGAAAUCCCAUCAGCUAUCCAAGUUCAUUUUAAUUAUACACUUGGCUUCUUUUUUAAAAUUUUGUUCAGCUAAUAUGGUCUGUAUCUAAAAAUGAUUUCAAAUAUUAAAGCAAUGGUUGUAUUUUGUUCUCCAGAAUAAACGUAAAUGGUUUUGUAUACUCA